AUGGACUCGACCGCUUACGAGAAAGUAUACCUCUACGGGCAGCUGAUAUACCACGCCCGCAAGCAUGGGCAGCAUACAAGUUUGCUCGAGCGGAUUGCCUUCUACCAUGUGGUUCUCAAAAGGCAUGUGCGCUUUGAGUCAGUGGAGGAGAUGAAUCUGGUGACAGGCGGUUUUGCCAUCGCCAAGAAGAGCGUCGAGGGGUUCUGGGCAACGAUCUCGGAGCCCAUAGCUUUAACCGCAAUCGUCAACUUUCUGACUCACGAGAUGAAGUGGACGCCGGAGAAGUAUGCGAGGCAGCAGAUGGCCAUUUCUUCCUUCAACCACUCUAUGAUGGGCCAGUGGUGGGAGUUUGUGGCAGCCAGGUUCCUUCCCCCCCUCUUUGAGACCGACCGCCCACUCGGCGAGACUCCCCUCUUUUCAAAUCUGAAGGGUCUUCCCAGCUGCUUCUAUCAGGGGACUGCCCACGUCGUUGCAGUUUCCAAGGUACAAGACGGGCUUCUGCAAUUCAAGUUCCUGGGCGACCGGUCUGAUUGCCUCAUGGGGAUGGCCAUCGCCAACCCCGGGUAUACGCUGCUAGACUUCCUCGAGGAUCCUAAGCAAAAUGUUCUCUUCUUCCCCGAGGACAUGGCGGGGCCCGAUCUCGUGUUCUUCCUCUCCGUUGCGGGGCUGUUGUACUUGGUCUUUGUGCAAGUAAAGCUGCGGAAGACGUUGGGCGACCGCUUCUCAGUCGUCGCUUCUCUGGAUCCUUCGCAAGCCUACCGAGGGAAGGCAAACCGAAAAGCGCUGAGGGCUAAGGUGGAGGCGGCGCUUCAGCCGGGCAGAGGGGUGACUGGUGUGAUCUCCGUGUUUCUCGGAUACCCUCUCUGUACCACACUCCCCGAGGGGGUCGAGCUCAGCGCAAAGCCAAAAGGCAGCUCGAAGGCAAGAGCAAAGAAGGGGACGGAAGGGAAAAAUCUGCUUAAACCAAAGAUCUAG